CUCGACUUUACCGUACUGCUCAUUAUCGGCCAUAUUCGUUUUGAUUUCGUCGUCGUCGUCGUCGUCGCCGUCGUCGUAUUUGUGCUCCGCGUAGAGUUGUGCAUUAUUGCUGGGACAAAUAGUUAAUUUUCAACAUAAAAAAGUGGUGCGUUUUACAUGCGAACUGUUUACCCGUCCCGUGCGUGCAGUGCACUUGGCAGCAGCAGCAGAAACUCGACCAGAAAACAGUGCGAACAUUUUCGGUGUGUUGAGAGUUGUGUGUGUGUGGAAUCGAACGAAGCAAGAAGCAGCAGCAGCAGUGGUGGUGCAGAGCAAAGCGAACGCAGCAAAGGAGAAAAAUACACUUUUAUUCUACGCGUUUCGCUGACGGGUCGGAAUUUCUUCGCAGUUCUGUGACGCACUGCAUUGUCCCGGACAGCAGCCAUCCUCCCCCUCUCUCCCUCCGACAGUAGGAUUUGCAUCCAUCGAAGCUUUGCCUUGGACACGGCUGUGGGUUGUGUGAGUUUUGCAAAACACACCCCCUCCCACUGUGGACAGUUGGACCAACGACAGAGAGAGAGAAGGAAAAACACGCAGCAGUGAGAUAGAUGCUGCCCUGAAACGGAAGGUUGCUGAUUUUUAUUACCAAAACAACAGCAAAACUCGCCCCUCCGGACCCCUGGGGCUGACCGACAGCGGGGAUAGCAGUGGCGGGCUAGUGGUGGUGGUAGUGCGAGAAAGAAAAUAUCCUUGCGCUGCUUCGCUCAUCUCAUUACCUCAUCCUCAACGUGUGUUUGUGUUUGUGCGUGUGUGUGCGCGUGGACCGCAGUGUGUUGGUGGUGUGUGGUGCACGCACAUUCUCUGCGUUUUGCACCCCCUUCCCCCUUCUCCAUGGAGCACAAAUUGCGCAAGUAGCGACAGAGAGUGAUCGGUGUGUGUGAGUGUGUGUUUUUGUUUGUCGGAGUGUGCUAGCUCCUCUACGUGCGUUUCAUGGAUGCGUUGGUGAACCACAAACAAACCCUCUGAGUGCGACGACGAACAAAAUACUACGAACUACCUACGAGAAGACGGUUGGGAGGCAGUGUCCCUCGAGCGAGAGAAGCUUUUUAGUGUAUCCAUUUAAUUGCACCCUCCGCUCCUCCGCCUACUUCCCACGAAAGUGUGUGUCCCAACGCCCAGCCCAGCAGGUAGUACUGCAGGUGAAACAAAGUAGGCUGAGUGUGUAAUUAUUUAUCCGAUAUAGCCCUGCCCCCUCCCGGCCUUACAUAGCCCAUAGCAUAGCCAGCCAACGGCACGCACACAGCGAAGCGAGCAGACUGCGUGUGCGUGUGUGUGCGUGAGCCUGUUCACCAUUGCGUUAUGUUUGUUGCGCCCCUAAGCCCGUGCGACGCUGGCGCUGCCGUGAAGGGAAGGUGGUGGUGAAAACACACAUUUGUCCGGGCGGGCGGGCGGGCGGGCGGUGGCGCAUGUGAUCACAUGUGAUCACACGCCAGGCGAAAAUGUGCUGCUCGACGCGCAUGAUAAUGAUGGAAAUGACGCUCGGGGCAGGACGCCGCUACGACGAGCAGUGGAAGCUGCGGGGCGACAAUCGCGACGACAAGGCUGCCGCGGUAGGGUGGUGGUAGAGCUCUGGAACAACCUUUAUGCUGGAACGAACGUACACACACAUACUCAAACUAAGCAGCGAUUCGGGGGUUGUUCCCUUUUCCAAACAAAAGCCGUGCCUCGUUGGGCGAAACAGAAGGAUACAAAUGAAAAGAUGAAAAACGUUCCCUUCUAUUGAUCGUGACGUGAUCGUGAAUUUUCUACGUGUGUGUGUUGCCGUGAUACGAAACAGUGCGUAUGUUUAGAAGCAGGUAGCGGGUUGAGGCCUGAAAGUGCGUGCAGAAGUAAAAAGAAAACAGGUGACACAAGAGUGGAAAAAGAAGAGUGAUCGUGUGUUUUUUUUUAAUUAUUGUGUCCCCACUGUUCCGCGCACUAACAUUUGCACGGCCGGAAAACGUGUGUGUGUGUCUGUGUAUGAGUGUAUAUCGUCGCCGAUAAUAUUUAUGUUUUCACUUGCAUCCCGUGCGUGAAAAUGCUGCACGAGUGUUCGUAUGUGUGAGUGCGCAUUAGUGUACGUUUUAUCCGUGACGACUAGAUAGAUGCAUUGUGCCGCGUGCGUGCGUCGUUCGAAAUUGAAGGCGUUGUAGGUGUAUUUGUCCUACGUAGUACGGUGUGCAGGGCCGUCAAGAAUUAAAACACAACUAAAGGAGGGGCAAAAGCAAAAAAGCAAAAGUGCAAAAAAAAAAACAACGAAAACAGUGAUAAGUUUAAACCUGUUUUUACAAGAAAUUACUCUAAUUACUCUCUGCGUGCGUGUGUGUGUUUCUGGUGUGUGGAACCUUUAUUUGUGUUUACUGCGUGGUGCGCGUCAGUAUACGUGUACGUGUGUUUAUGUGUAUGUAAAAAGUCUUCCGCAAACAAACAAAAACAAACGGAUAACAAAGUGCGUAUCCUCUUGUGCAGAUUGUGGUACUUUACGAUCGCCAAAAAAAAACCCGUGCAGUGUGUGCCUGAUAUUGUUUUUGUAAGACAUAAUUUGUACAUUCGUUUGUUUGCGUGCGUGAAGUGAGUGUGUGUGUAACAAUCACGAUUAAACGAUUAAACACAUAACGCAGCUGCUCGCACGUGUGUAGGCUCAAGAAAGGAGAUCAAAACCAUCUCCUAUCCCCCUUUUUCCUGUGGAAUAGCAUGCAAAUAGAUCGUAAAGGUGGCUGGCGUAUCAGCGACCACGGAGCGACUUACAGCUCCCCCCGCGCCUCCACAGGGCCCUUCGCCCCUUCAGCUCUUAGAUGAGUCUCACAUGUCAAUUGCUGCGGCUGAAAAUGCAGGGCUUGGCCCAUGUGAACUACCACUGCCGGACCAGUGGCUUGUGCAUACACAACUGUCGCAGUCAACGCAAUCGUCUCAAGCAUCGUUCUACGCCGCGUCGCAAUCCGGUGGCCAAAGUUUGGGUGGACUCGGUGGACUGUCAACAGCCGCAACACUGCCGAUACAGCAACAUUCCUCCAGUAGCAGUAACCAGCAGCACCAGCAGAAUCACCAACAGCAGCAGCAGCCCCCGUCGCUGCCAUCUCAGUUGCAAAACCAAAUCACUGCCGGCGCAGUUACACCGGGAGCAGCUCCAGCAUCACAACUGCAGAGUCAGUCAAAAAUAAUGAAUGUCGUCGUACCAUCCGUGGCCUGUCCGCCUACCGCAUCGAAAAAGAUUCGCCGCAAACCAGACGCGAAGCAGCCACAGUCACAGAUCAACAAGUGCAACAACGAGAAACGUCGCCGAGAGCUUGAAAAUGAAUAUAUUGAACAACUUGGCGAGUUCCUGCAGAUCAAGCGGGAUAUGACCGCCUGCAAACCAGACAAAGCGGCAAUACUAAGUGAAGUUGUACGAACGUUUCGUCAUAUGCUAGAGCAAGGAAACCCGAAUCUCACUGGUUCGCGGUGUUCCAAAUGCUCGCCGGAUUGCUCCGCCUCCUGCAAACUGCACCCGGUGCAACAGGGCGAGGUGUCAUCCACUGAACCGCCACUACCGGAACCGUCGGUAAACGGCCACUCGCCGGAAAAGUCGGCCUACUUCGAGGCGGUGCAACACUACAUCUCGAACGUCGGCUGGGCCCUGCUCGAGAUCAACUCGGAGGGUGUGAUCGAAUGUGCCACGGAGAACGUCCGCGACGUACUGCACUACUCGCGCACGGAGCUCCACGGACAGUCUAUAUAUUCGUACCUGCAUACUGGUGAUCAUUCAAAGCUGAGUCCUAUUUUAAAUAAGAAUUCGUUUGAGCUAAACUGGGAUCAAAAUGAAAUGUUCUAUCAGACGCCAAAGCGUACCAUUCGUACUAAAAUCCGUUGGUUACUGAGGGCGCCCGAAGGAGCAAACGAAACGAUCGAGCAAAAGCAGCAGCGCUUGGAAAAGUACAAGGAUCUGCUAAUCAUCUCUGCUCCUGUAAAGGAUGAUACGGAGGAAUCGUCCUCGGUGCUCUGUCUAAUUACACUACCCGAGGACGACCAGGCAACCAUAGAAACCACCACCAUGCCACAAACGCUAGACGAGCAGCUAACACUGAAGCUGGACACUAGCGGUAACAUUAUAGAUUAUAACUCAUCGACGCUAAGAAAACAGUUUGCAGGAAAUCUUACCAAAGAAAGCAUACGGUCCAUCUACGACCUCUGCCACUAUCAGGACCGACCGCGGCUGAACGAGCACCUGGGCAAUGUCCGGUCGUCGAACGGUACGCCGCACGAGCUGACCUACCGGUUGCGCCUCGGCGGCCCGGACGUGUACGUGCACGUGAAAACGCAGUCCAAGCUGUUCCGCUGCACCAAACCAAACGAGACGGACUUCAUCAUGGCCAUCUGUACCGUGCUGACGGAGAACGAGGUCGCCAUGCUCUCGGCGGACAGUGGCGCGAUGGUGAUGGGUGUCGGCGGCAGCGGUAGCAGCAGUGGUGGCCUUAGUGCGGCAAUGAGCGGCAGUAACAUUAACAAUAACAAUGGCAACAGCAGCAGUAGCAGCAAUCCUACCUCAUCCUCCUCAUCCCUCGGUCUGCUGAUGCCUAGCACGAGCGGCGCUGUGACGGGCGGUGGCCUGAACGGUUCGAACGAUGUCGUCGCCCGCCAUAUGGCCCAAAUCACGCAGGGCGUCAGCAACAUGGGCGGUCCGCUGAUGUCGAGUGUGCUGAACGGGGGCGGCGGCGGUACUGUUGGUACGGGAUCGAACGCGUCCGGCAUGCUCGGCGGUGGCGGCAUGACCGGUGGCAGCAUGAGUGUGGCCGGUGGCGGUAUGGCCGGCCCGGGCGGUACCACACCCGGGUCGGCGGGUGGCUCCGGACUGGGUGCUGGCGGUGGUAUGGGUGCAGGGGCUGGCGGCAUGGGCCCGUCCGCCGGCUCGAUGGGCUCGAUCGUAUCGCCGCGCAGCAAUCCCAACUCGUCCUCGCUGCUGUGCGGCCCCAACUCCGACAGCAGCAACUUCUUCAAUACGGAGUUCGAGCUCGACUUUCCACAUUCCACGUUCGACAUGGAGGCGGUCGGGGUCGGGUGGGACUCUCGGCCCGACUCGCGCACCAGCGUCACGCCGGUCAGCACUCCGCGGCCGCCGUCGGUUAGUGCGUACAGCCCGGCCGCUGCCCCGAUGUGUGCGUCACCGAUGACGCCGUACUAUUCCGGCAGCACGAUGGGCGGAAUGCCCUCGCCCUCGAACAACAACAACGGUGUGCCGGGGAGUGGCGGUGGUGGCAGCAGUGGCAGCAGUGGCGGUGGGCUCAUGAAUCCAAGCCUUUCCUUAAACAACAACAAUAACAACACGAAUAAUAACAAUACGGGGACGCCGUUCGGAACGAACGCGUUUCAGUUCCCGUUUGAGGACAGCAAGGAAAAGCUGCAGGAUUUGCAACAGCAACAGCAGCAACAACAGCAGCAACAACAGCAGCAACACCACCAUCCCCAUAUGUCGCCAAUGCAACAGCAUCAGUCAGCGAUGUCGGCGCAGCAGCAGCAGAUGGUACAACGACAGCAACAUCACCAACAGCAGCAACAGCAGCAGCAGCAGCAGCAGCAGCACCUACAGCAACAUCUGCAGCAGCAAAGUCAGCCACCGUCGAAUACGCACGAUUCGGAGCGGUUGCGGAAUCUGCUUACAACCAAACGACCUCACUCAAAUGCCUCAUCCUCAUCCGGUUUGGAUAUGGACCAUGACCAUCGGAAUCCGAAUCGAAUUCUAAAGGGCUUGCUAAAUUCGGAAGAAGAUAAGGAUACUAAUGGCAAUAAAUUAAGUACCGCAUCUCUUUCACAACGUAUACCUCAGUCAGUUAGAGCUUCAACGCAGGGUAGUAAUAACGGUGGUGGUGGUGGUGGUGUUAGUGGGCUGGGAUUAGCAACCCGCGCAGGAAAUGAAACCAAUAAAUCCGGUAGCAAUAAUAUGCUAUUGCAGCUGCUCAACGACAAAAGUGAUGAUGACGAAAGUGACGCCCGCAACCGACAAGGUCCGAGCGAACUUCUAAAGCAGCUGCAAAAGGUUAAAGAUGAGCCGAAGGAGCACAAUCCGCCGCCAUUGAACAACGAAGAACUCAUCCAGAUGCUACGGGUACAAAGCAACGAUCGCAAACGGCCAUCGACCGAGCCGGACGAGGGCGCUGCGGUCAAGCGCACGGACAACAGGCCGUCGAAGUUGCGCGAGCGCAACAAGAUGCUGGCCUCGCUACUGGCCAACCCGGCCAAAGCGCCAAUGCCGAUGCAAACCGCAAUGCCGUUCAAUCGCAUCAUCCCGGACAUACCGAACUCGGGGCUAGCCCGCCAGCUCGCGAACGUGUCGAGCUCGACGGCGCCGAAUCAGACGCUGAACAACAACAAUCUUACAACUAGCAACAAUAAUCUAAAACAAGUACAACAGCUGAACCAAAUGCGCCUACAGCAGCAGCAGCAACAACAGCAGCAACAGAUGCGCAAAUCAGCUAUGCCUUCUCAAUCACAGCAGCCUCCAACAUCCUCCGAUAUCUACCUCAACCAUCAGCAGCAGCAGCAGCAGCAGCAGCAGCACCAUCAUCAGCAACACCCCCAGACGCACCCGCAACACCUGCAGCAGCAUCAUGCGCAACAGCAUCCGCAGCAGCAUCAUGCGCAAGCGUCGAUGCUGCAGCAGCAGCAGAUGUUGGCCGCCCAGCGGCAGCAGAACUUCUCGCCCGCCAUCCAGGACGCCGGCAUUGGAUCGGCCGGGGGCGGUUCGUUUGCCACGACGACACCCGCUACCUCCACACAGCUCGUCUCCGAGUGGGACCCGGAGCUCAACGAAAUACUUAAUCACGUGAUCGAGAUUGCACCGGAAGGCGACUUUGCCGAAAGUGAACUCAACAGUAUCUUAGGCUUAAGUCCAAUUGAAUCAUCCACAUCGUCGGUUGUACCGUCACAGUCGUCCACCCAACCAGACAUACACGAAAAGCUGGCGAUCAACGCGAUCCAGAAGUCGUUGAUGCAGUAUGAAAACGUUAGCUCACCAUUGCAACCGCAGCCCCAGCCCCAGUUCAGCGGCAGCCCACCGGCGUACCCGAUGCACUCGAUGGCGGGCGGAGCGAACAGCAGCGGCGCCAGUGCUGGUAGCAGUGGCGGUGGCGGUGGCGGCAGUGGCGGUGGUGGUGGUGGUAUGAGCAGCGUAGGUCCUACCGGCAGCGGUCCCGGCAGCUCCGGCAGUACGGGCGGUCCGGGCUUGAACUCUGGCAGCAGCGGCAUGCAAUCGUCACAGGCGGGGCCAAAUCAAAACUUUACCCCUCCACCAGUGUACACGCAGCGGAUGCGAAUACCGCAGGGGCAGCUGGGCGGGGGCAACAAUCCGGGUGUGCCGCAAAAUUUGCUUGCAAUGCAGAAGCUGCAGCAUCAGAGCCGUGAUCGGAUUUUGCAGGAGCAGCAGCGAACGCGGUUACUGCAGCAGCAGCAAAAGCAGCAGAUGGUCGUUACGGUCAACUCGGCCGCGAACUCAGACCUUGGACCUCCGAACGUUACACUGACCCGCGCAAAUAACGUGCCGGAUUCGCAGCUCAGUCCCGGCUUCUCACCGAGCCUGAUGCAGCAACAGCUCAGUCCAAGUCAAAGGACGCAACUUAGUCCGCAACAAGCAGGAUUCCAAGGCAACCCGUUCAACAACAACCCAGGCCAUCGGUUAUCUCCCCAGCUGCAACAGAUGGUGUCCGGGUUUGGCAACGCAGGUGGCAACGUCAACCAGCAGCUAUCACCGCGCCAGCCACCGUUCGGUGGCGGAGUCGGUGGCCCAGCGGUCAACCAACCGAAUGUCGUCGUUCCGGGACAAUCGCCACAACAGCAACAGCAGCAGCAACAACAACAGCAACAACAACAGCAGCAGCAACAGCAGUGGCAACAGAAUGCGAACGCAAGGCUCUCUAUCCAGCAGCAAAAUCCGAUGCUGAAUGCUCAGCUUUCGUCCGUGGGCGGAUUCAACCCUGCCGCGAACCGACAGUUCGUCGGUCCGCCCCAGCGGCAGCGCGGUACGCUCAACAGUCCCGGCACGCCCCGGCAGCAGCAGAACGCGUUCGGCGGAACCAUGGUCGACGGGGGUGGAUUCCCCGGGCCACCGAGUCCCUCGCCAGUCGGCGUGUCCGCACCGAACUUUGCCAAUCCCGUCUAUGCCAACCAGCAGAUGAGGCUCCAGCGGCAGGGCAGCGUGCCACCGCAGUCCACCCAGCACUUGCCAGGAUCGCCCCGUUCCGCGUACGGUGGACAUGGGCCCGGUCCGGACGCCACCGGUUACGGUAUGAUGUUCGGCAAUGCGGCAGCAAUGCAGCAGCACGCGGCGACCUCACCAGGCGAUUUCUUCAAUCGCAGUCAAACUGGUCUCAACGGUGGUCAUAAUAUCGGUGGUGGUGGUGGCAAUAGUAUUGGUGGAGGAGGCGGCGGCGGCGGCAACGGCGGAGGCGGAGGAGGAGGAGGAAACGGACCCGGUCUUAGCAAUGGUACGAACGCACCCAACACCGGCCUAAACCAUUCGGAACUGGUGCGGCAGGAGCUGCGGGCCAUUGUGAGUGGCCGGGCGCACCGGCCACCGUCGCACAGCCCGCACAUGGGCCUGUCGCCCCUCGGUGCCAUGUCCCUGCACGGCUGUGGCCCCGGUGAGGGCGGUGGUAGUAGUAAUGGUGCAAACCUUACCGGCUCCAACGCCACCAGCACCGUCGGCAGCAGCAACGGCACUUGCGGUGGUUCGCUUUCCAACGCGUCCUCGGCUAUGCUCGGCGGUAUCGGUGGUGGUGGUGUUGGCGGUGGCGGCGGUAGUAAUGGGGGUGGAGGAACCGCACGAACAUCCAUGACGGACGCUGGCACGUCCGGGGCGAUGCUUCACAGCGGUGGCUCGACCGCGGGGCUCGAUUCAUCGAUGCUGUACAAUUUCCAUCUCACCCAGAAAGAGUUUUUCGGAGGAAACACGAGUCGGUGACCCGAGAAAUUCAUCCCUUCUUCUGCAAAAGCUUCUAUCGGACUAAAGUGAGCUGACGGCGGUGGUAGCGGCGACGGCGGUGGCACCGAACUCUAGCAGCAAAAACAGCGAUCACCUCCUUCCGCUCAUUGUUGCGGCAUAGCAAAACACGGCGACCUAGCUAUAAGCUAGCGGAGGCAAAAGGGUGCAUAAAAGUGUUUUAUGCUGUAAAGUUGCAGGAGCGAAACAAAAAGACAAAGCUCUUGUUGUGCGAACACCGCCGACCGGGGCGACUAGGUCGUCCUCUCGCGUUCUGCUCCCCUUCACCGAGAAUCGUGCAUUGGUGGAGUUGGUAGCGGGCAGUUAAAAAAAACCCUCCAACCUCCUCCAGCGUAUGUGCUCCAUAGAAAACUUACCUUGCAAGUGUACUGAAAAAAAACGGCUCCUCUCCGGUGGUGGAUUCUGUGUGCUGUAAUGACGGUGAUGAGGCACAGAAGUUGGCGAUUACGCGCAUGUGAGGCGCAUUUGCCGCGGGCGCAACACCGGACGAGCAUAAGCAACAAAUGAUACAACCGAUUUGUGAUUUGAUGUUGAAAACAAAAAUAAAAUUAAACUUAUAGAGAGUGUGCGUGUGUGCGCCCUCACACACCUCGUGUAUAAAAUUGAGAACGUUAGCGAAACACGAAAAAACAACAUGCAGGUGAUAUAUGUGCAUGUAAAAAAUAAAAGCAUACAAAGUAGUAACAAAAUAACAUGGAAACAAUGGGAAAAGGGAUAGUCGGUAGGCGCAGUUGCGCGAAAAAGCGCAGAAGAAAAGAACACGUUACGAGUAAUUGCUAUCGUAUUCUAGCGUUAAAGUGUACAUAAUAACCCGUAUCUAUUAUAUAUACACAUAUGUAUGUUACACAAACAAACAGUAAGCUAAGUCACAUGUAAAAAAGGAAAGAUAAAAAAAGGUUAUUGUUUUGUAGCACAGAUGCGUGUGUUGCGUAUUGGCGUACAACAUAUAGCAUACCAGAGCGCAUAACAUUGGCCGAAUGUGGACCGUGCUCUAAGCUAAACCGCUCGGCUAAACCGGGGAAACACAGCGAAGAAGAUCGCGCGCCCGAGGGGAAGGACGGAAAACAAAAAAUAAUGAAUGGAAAUAGAAAUACCUCUAACUUUAGUUCAAAGUAAAAGUUGCAACACAUAAAGAAGCUUACUACAGCAUGGAAAGCAACGUGCAUACAAAAAAAAAACAGUAAACACCCUUGAACUUAAUGUAACACCCCUACAUGUAAAAAAAAAACAAACAAAAAGGAUUAGGAAAAUGUUUUGCAAACAACAAACAACACAGCACUAACGCGCAUGGUGGGUGUCACUAAACGAUAGAAACCUACGGGCAAAUAAACCUCUCAGCAGUGCGCCGCGGAAACAGGAGCAGAACAUAAUCGAAACCAAAACAUUGAAGUAAACCACAGUUUGCAGUGUUAUUAGAGCAACAGGAAGGCAAAAGCAUGAAGAUUACAAUUAACAAAGCGCAAAACCUCUAGCACAGAUACAAAGACAUACAUAGAGAAUCCAUUUCUCCGCGGCAUACCCAUUAAUCGGUUUCGGGAUGGAACGACGAGGGAUGAGCUGGCAAUAGUGAUCAUCGGACCUCGGAAAACAGAUACAAAAAACACACCAACACACAGAAAGAGAGGAAGAAGAUGACCAAAUAUUGUAAAAAAGGAGGCAAUUGAAAGGAAGGAUGAUAUAAUGCAGCAACAAAACAUCCUCUGAAAAUACACACUUUAGCCCCCCAGGCAAACACACACACACACACCGCCUAGCCCGGUCGGUGAAGAAACAAACGUUCGUGAACUGUGAUAAUUUCUACUAUUUUUUCGAUACCACGAACCCUUCCCGGUACCGUGGUGUGGUGUGCUGCGAUAAGAAACAGAGCAAGUAAUACAUGCAUGCAUUAUUGUUUGUUUUUAAUUCUAUACCAACCAAUUACGCGAGGCUGUGUGUGUGUGUAUACCCUUUUUUACGAAAGUAACUUCAUCCCCUUCCCUGUGUUUGGCAUUUGUUGGUGUUAGCUGGGCCACACUAUCCCGCGGGCGCGCCCCGGUAUGUGUUGUGCUUCUAUAAGUAUGCUUCACCGUGCUGUUGCUUUGUUUUUAUGUUGUGUGGAAUUGGUUGUAAAACGAAUACAAUCACACCAAACAGGAUUAAAUAUGCUAAACAAUAGAUUGUUUGCCAUUUUUAAAGCCUUUUACGCCUCCACUCGCGUUCGGCAUUAGUGUGUGUGUCUGUGUCGAUCGCUACGGAGGAUUAUGGAUAUUUGCGAAAUUGUUUUGCUUGUUUCCCAAGAGGGCAUCAUGUUCAUUGCUUGUUCCCGUUGAAAUGUCAUAUGGAUUGUUUUGGGGCAUAAGUCACAAUUUGCAAAAGCAUCAGAAAAGCUUGCAAAGAACGUAACUUCGCUGAAAGAGGGAGCAAAGUUUGCGCAAAGUGAUCCGUUAGGUGUAAAUACAAGAGCGUACAGAGAUGAGUUGUGUAAAAGUUGUACAAGUUUUUACUCCGUCAGUUUUUUUUUUAUUGUUUAAGGUUAAUGAUCAUCAGGACAAAACUAGGGAAUCCUCUUCCUGAUGGCUCCUUUUUGUUCGUUAUAUAGCUCGGGUUUGGAAUUGGCAAAGCUUAACAUGCUAUAGGGUUAGGAAAGUUAAAUCAACAACAAAGAAAACAAAACCACUUACAGCAGCAACACGCUUAUGCAAGAUACACACAUUUCUAAGCUCAAUGUAUAUUCUUGUUCUUACUAAAGUCUGUAUGUCUGUGUGUGUAUGCUGAACCUGUUCCAUUUUAUAUUUUGUUAUUUUAUACUAAUUUGUUUGUGUUGACACGGUUCACGUUUCUUGUUUCGGUGGUCCAUACAAAUCCAAUCCAGGUAUUGAUAUUUUAACAACAACAAGUCCCUUACAAACAGUCUGCAUCUCUUACACUUCGUGAUAAUACCGGUAAAUGUGCUUUGUGUUUAUGUGUUCUGUUUCUUUUUGUUUUCACUGUUUUUAUGUUGUAAAUAUUGUUUUCUUUUGUUUUUAUUUGUGAUUCCACAUUAAUUGCUAGUAGCCCCCGGGCGUGUACAACGAUUAGCAAGUCCAAAGUUUUAAUUCAGUUUCAUUCUGUUCAAUAUUCUUCAUUCCUUGUUGCUGAAUAGCUUCAUCAUAACACACACACACACUCUUACAGUUUAUGUUUUCGCAAAGACACGCCCUAUAUACCGAAAGAAGUGCGCAGAGAGAUCGAUUAAAAAGCCAAUCUGGAUUAUUACACAAUUACGUUUACUAUUGUCACUAGAGCUGUAAUUAUUAUUAUUAUUAUUAUUAUUAUUAUUAUUGUCUUUAUUACUAUUAAUAAUAUUAUUUUCUAUUGAAAUAAACUGUAAUAAUUAUGAUUAUUAUUAUUAUUAUUAUUAAUAUUAUUAUUAUUAUUAUUGCUAUUCAAUUAUACGAUUCACACGUUGAGGUUUAGUUUUACUAUUAUUUGUGUUUUAUGAAAAGGAUGAACGGGAAUGAACGUUUUGUCCAAGAAUGAUGGAACGAAAACAGAGAGAGGGAAGUUCAGUUGUUGUGCGUUCUGAAGCGAUAAGUUAUUGAAAAGCAGGGAAAGGAUCGCAGAAAAAAAAACAAAAACAAAUAUACGGCAAAUAAAUUUAGCAAGUUGUGAAACAAACAAACAAAAAGAAGUUAAUAGCAUUCGGAAAUUUCAUCAGAACAAUGAUAUAUCAAACAUGCUAAAUUAAAGUGGAAAGUAAAACAAAACCAAGCUAAACACGACAUGAACACAAAACUCAAGAAACAAUAACGCGCCCGGAGAAAACAGAGAAAUGUCGAAGGAGAAUAUAUUAUUUGUUAUUAAUUAUUGAAAAAUAAAAUCAAAAAAACAUUGUA